CCACCUAGUAUCGGAAAAUAAGAAAUCGAUCGGAAAGAAAACCCUAGAAGCGAAGCGGAGAGAAAGCAAUGGCGUCCCUGAGCAAGCGCGGCGGCGGCGGCGGCGAAGGGGAGGGCAUCCUGGCGUCAUGGAUGGCGGCGCAUGGGCGCGAGGCGGCGAGCAGGGCGAAGAAGGUGGUGCGGAGCACGGGGAAGGCGGCGUGGAUCGCGGGGACCACCUUCCUGGUCCUCGUCGUCCCGCUCAUCAUCGAGAUGGAUCGCGAGCAGCAGCUCAACGACCUUGAGCUCCAGCAGCAGGCGCUCCUCGGGCCCGCGCCCCUCAAAUGAUCCAUCCAUCCAUCCUUAACUUCUACUAAUAGUGUUCUUGCCUGUCUAGUCAGACAAAUCAAACUUCUUGUUUUCAUUAAUUUCACCAUUAUGCUGCUCUGAUGAGAUGUCGUCGCCGCUUUCCUUUCCUGAUGUUACUAUUUUUCACGCUCAUCUUAUCAUGCCAACUAUAUUUCGUUCUGUGCGAUUCCUGCGCCUUGUGCCGUUUAUUCUUUCUCGUCAUAUGCUGCUGUGAUGAGAUUUCGAUUUGCAUCGACCAGGGUUACUUUUUUUUUUAUGGAUUGACAUCUCCAGGUUUAUGAACAACAGUUACUAUAAUAAUUAAGGUUUUCUUUUUGUAAAAAAACAGUAUGGUCUCUGUAAUAAAAAGGAGAACAUUGUACUCCAGUUUAUAAAGUUGGAUCACAAAUGGGAACUUAUGAA